AUGCCGGGAAAAUAUAUUGAAAAAUAUGACCAGGUGCCUGUGACCAAGGAAGACCUUGACUGGGCCGAACUUAUCACACUGGACCUGAGCCAAUACGAACAGCCUGGAGGAAAGGAAGAUCUUGUCAGGCAGCUCGAUCACGCUGUCAGAAAUGUUGGAUUUUUCUACGUGAAGAACUAUAACAUCAGUCAAGAAGAGGUCGACAACCAAUUCGCUCUAGGGCGGGAGUUCUACGCUCUGCCACUCGAAGAGAAACUCAAAUUCCACAGCGCCAGUGAUCUUGAGAGAGGGGAAUACAACUCUUACCGUCCUGCGGGACACCGAAUCCUAGGAAACGGCGUCAAGGAUAAUGUCCAGGUGUACAAUCUCCCAAAGUUCGAUGGGCACCACGAGCGGCCCCAACCUGCUAUCCUUACCGAAAAUAUUAAGGAGAUUGAAGCUUUCAGUCGGAAAUGCCACACCGAAGUUGUUGAGAAGCUUCUUCGCCUCUUUGCAAUUCUUCUUGAGUUGCCGGAUGAGGAACAACUAGUCCGCGACCAUCAAUACGACGUCAAGGGCGAGGAUCAUCUGCGCUAUAUGCAUUAUGCAGCCCGCAGCGCUGCGGAUAACAAGAAGGUCGGUGAACUCUACACUCCCGGCCACACAGACUUGGGGACAGUUACUCUUCUGUUCCGGCAACCGGUAGCCGCCCUUCAGAUCCUCAAUGCAGAGGGCCAAUGGAAGUGGGUCAAACCCCAGGAUGGGACUAUCACUAUCAACACAUGCGAUGCUUUGACAGCACUCACUGGUGGUUUGAUUAAGUCGAGUAUUCAUCGGGUGCAUGCGCCACCUGCUGACCAGGCGCAUCUCGACCGAUUGGGUGUUCUAUACUUUGCUCGUCCCAACAACCACGUUGUCCUUGACCCCAUUCAGAACAGCCCACUCCUCCAGAGACUCGGCUUGACUACCAACGUGUUUACAGAACUUGGGCAGCAUCUUACGACUGAGCAGUGGGUUACGGUUCGACAAACACAACAGCAGCGCAGAAAUCAGGAUGUCAAGGUUUCCUCUGAGGGGAAGUAUACCUAUAAGCCGAAGGAUCUCGAGAUCAUUCCUGGCCUUCAGGCUGCAAUCUACAACUAG